UGAGUAGGGGCUUUAUGCUUUCAACUUAGAAUGGACUGAAAACAUGGCAAUAGUCUCGAGUCUUUUUAGGAGUGAUUUUGCUAGUUUGACUUCUCCAAAGCCUCUGUGUGGGUUAUAGGGGUGAGUCAAAGCACUAACAGACCAGGCAACUUACCACUUGGAGUGGUCUUGCCUUCCUUUUGCCCUCUCCCAUUUUGUGUUUUGAAUUAUUUAUCCUGUGAUGUCUGUUUUCCUUUUUCAAGGAGUAUUCCAUUUGUCUACCUAACAUUGACUUUUGUCUUAGACUGAAACUAUUUUAGGCUUUUCACUGGGCACAUUCUGAAGGUACUAAUAAGUUAAUAACAUCACCUACAGUCCACUAAUAGAUGCUAUGCUAAGAGAAGUGAAUAGUAUUUUUCUUUGGCAAAAAAUAGGCUGAGAUAUAAGGUGAUACUGCUUUUGGCCUGAAUAUGUGCUAGAACUUCUGGUUGCCUAUUGUUAAUUGCCUACUGAUAAUGAAUCUGCCUCCUACCAUUUGUACUUGUCGUGGAGCUGGUAUGAAGUAUUUUGGGUUGUUCUGUACUUUUCAACAGUUAUUAUGGCCCAACUUCAUGUCACUGAGUAGUUCACAUAGACCACAGUACAAUCUUUUCAGCAACAUGGAUCAGCAUGAGGAACAUAAUUAACAAAGGAUAGAAGUACAAUUGUACAAUAGCACUUACAUAGGAGUUCUUCCCAAAAAGAAGCCAAAUGCUUAUAAUUAAUGUGUAACUUCUUGUGGAUGUUUUUAAGUCAGGAUUGCUCCAGGCACACUUAAAAUGUGCUAAAGUAUAAUGGUCUCUCUAAAAAGGGGCUAUCUGGGAGUCCGUCUCUGGACUUUGUGUUAGAGGCUAGCCAUCAGAAAGGUGAGUUUGGCCUUCAGAGUUUUGUCUGGUGUAAUGUAAUCUCUGCAUUCUCAUUUCUUCCUGUACUCCAGUUUCUAAAAUGGAUGAAAAAAAGUGGAUCACAGAGGAGCAAUCAGGCUUUUGCAUUCAGAUAUUCCUGUAAAGGUACACAGUCCCAUCUUGCCAUGUUUCAUAGAUCACUAAUACAAAAUUGAUCUUCCAAGAUGGAAAAACACAAUUGUUUUUUCUAAAGCACAUGUUAGAGUUAAGAAAUAAAAUUUUGAGUCUCAGUAGCUUUUGACUCAUGAGUUAGAUUUAGGUAAUAGGAGUCUUAGAGUCCUUAGAGAAUCUUAAGAGAUCAUCUACUCCACCUCUUUUUUUUUUAAGUUGGGGUAUCCAAAGCUCGAAGAGGUGGCCUUGGCCAAAGUAGAGAAGUGACUAAGAAUGAGCUAAUGUCUUCUAAUUUCUCACUAUCUCUUGGCUUAAAAAGAUUUAGUACAUGAUCAAAAGUAUAUUAACAAAAAGCUCCCAGUUUGUGCUUCACUUUUGGGAAUCCCUGUUGGCUUUUUGAGACAGCCCGGAUUUGGCAAACAAAACAUCACAGGAAGGAUGUGUUUUUGUCAAUUAUUUUUUGGUUAGAAUGAAUAUUACAUUCUUCUCAAGCAAGUGACUGACUUGCUAGGUGGUGGUCAGGGAGGGAAAGGAUGAGUAAGAAUAGUGUGAGAAGGAUCCAAAUGUGAAACUGAUUUUUGUCUGAAAGCAGUGUUUAUUUAGUUUCCAUCAGGAUUUUCUGGGGUUUUUUUGAGCUAUGAGAAUGCAUGUACAGAUAAACCAAAACUGAAGUUUAACUUGAGUAAUCACAGGGAAUUCUUAAAGUUGUUAUAAUUUGAUGCAUUGACAUGUGAAUCUGAUUUGAGUUCUAAUUUCUACCUUUUGUUAAAACACUUACAAUGAGAAUAAAAUUGAGUGAUAAGAUUAAUAGGUAUCUUAUGCCUAAAGUCACUCAUUUUUAUGGUCUAAUGAUGCUACCUAGCAUUCUGAUUUUUAUAUUAUCCAGCCAAAGAGUACCAAUUCUAUGCAACAGUGAGACAGUAAUAUGUUAACCAAUACUUCUCUGAACAUCAUUUCAUCAUAGGGAAGUUUCAAGUUGAAGUGCUUCCUUUGCUUACAUUCAUGUCCUGUUUUUGUUACUGGUUUGAAGACUAAAAGGCGUGGGUUCAAAUAAGGUUGGUCUCUUUGGUUGGAGACUUUCUGGGUUCAUUCAGUAGUUGAGAAGCUACUCAAUUAUUGGGCACCUUUGUUGCCAGGCACUAUGCUAGAUACUGAAGAUAUGAAGGUAAGAUUGCUGAAGUCCCUGCCCUCACAGAGCUUAUACGGUCUAUUGUAGUCUUAGAUAAGGUGAUUUAAACUAGGAAUAAUAAAGAAAAUGCCUUGCUUCCUUUGAUCACUUAAUCACAUAAAAUCAGCAUCUUGAUGGUUUUUUAUCAGUAAAACUUCCAGUUCCCACCUUUUGCAACUGCAAACCACUGAAGUGAUUUACAGUCUCCUCCAUUUCUUGGCUGGAGAGGUGUUCUGUUUCUGUGAGACAUUUUCUUAAUUUGGUGGGACCUGACUUUUCUUCUUUGUUUAUACAUGUUUCUUAGAUUGUAUUGCAAAGUGCUCAAGUUAACUGAUAUCAACUACAUUUUAUAAGGGAAGAUGACUUUCAAAACUAGUCAUAUUCUUAUAGAGGAGUAAAUUUUUUAAAAAUCUUAGUCAUUCUACAUUUGUAUUUUAUGGAUCCCCAGGAUAACUAAAAAGGACUCUCUUUACCAUAGUUUGGUUUUUAAAAAAUUACCACGUCACCGUUAUUUAUUUAUUAUUUAAUUUUAAAGACAAACUCCAAACUGAAGUGGCUCUGAGGUAAAUCAGAUGUGGUUUUGUUUUAGUUUAUUAGAAGAUCUAUAAAUGGAGGGUGACCAAUGUCAUCACUUCUAAAAUAUUGUCCUAAACAAACAAACCAGAAUAUUUUAUUUCAGCUGGUGAAUAGCUGUUCUAAGUCUGUUGUAUGUUAGACAUACUAUGAACUACCUCUUCACUUAUUAUGGGGAAGUUUCCUUAAUAAAAGUGUGACAAUUAAAUCUCUGGUGUCAGUGGUUUCUUUUCUCUCUCCCUCCUGCUUUCCUUUUCGAUUGCCUAAAUUUGAAUAAGGAAAGCUUUCUUCACUCCUCUUGUUUAAACACAUAUUCAUCAGGCAUUCUAAGCAUGGCUUCUGAAGCAAAUCAGGUUAACUAGAAAUUGUUAGUAGGGUCAAUUACUGAGGGGGUAGAGCUACUGCUUUUAAGAACUGGUUCAGACAUUCCUUCAUUUAGCAAAUACUUGAUGCCUACUCAGUGCUAGACUUCGGUAAUGCAAAGACCGUAAAUCACUGUCCUAAAUACCUCCGCCCAGAUGGGUCACAGAUUCCAAUACAGGUAUGAUAAUUGCAAUAAUAAAGGCAGCCAAAGGGCUUACAGGCUCCCAACUGGGGGCCAACUAAUUCAAGGGCAAUUCAGGAUGGCUUCAGGGAUGACGUGAUUUAUGAACGAGAUUUUGAAGGAUAAGUGGGAGGAGAGUUAGGGCACGUGGGAAGAGGCAGCCCCAAGAGUUCAGAUAGGCCUGGGUUUGCCUAGAACUGGCGGGGGGGGGGGGGGGGAGAAGGGGGCCGGGGGACGAUGUCGCGACAGAUGGGUGAAAUGAGAUCCAGAGGUAGGGGCCAGAUCCUGAUGGUCAUUAGCUAGGAAAUCUCGAAUGCCGAUCCUUAUGGCGGUCUCCUUUCCUCUGCCACCUUUUAAAUUGUAGAUGGCCCAGUGAGGAGAGAACCCGGCCCGUAACAACCCAUGAGGGCCUCCCAGUGGUCCCGUUGCAGGGUAUUCCGAUGGACGCGCUGUACCUCAGCCUCUCAACCCGUCUGCGAUACGGACGCUGGGGAGAACUCACGAAGGGGACGGCUUGCGUGCCGAAACUGGGGCAGGAGAGAUGGGAUUUGCCGGAAUACGGGUGCCUCUCUGCCAUUCCAGGAGCGGGGGUUGUGAGGAAGGGAGAAUGUCUCAGGAUGUCCUUCCGGGACGCCAAGCGCACCCCAGUGAGGAGUAAAGCUAGUUGACACCGGAUGUGUUUCCUCCCAGGCUAAGUCCACCUUCCGGCCUGGGCCGCCGCUGCUGCGGAAAGCUGGGCUCUGGCUCUCUGAGUCGAUUGUGACCAUGGCUGCUGAAUCCGAUGUUCUGCACUUCCAGUUUGAACAGCAAGGAGAUGUAAUCUUGCAGAAAAUGAAUCUCUUGAGACAGCAGAAUUUAUUUUGUGAUGUGUCAAUUUAUAUUAAUGACACCGAGUUCCAGGGGCACAAGGUGAUUUUAGCUGCUUGCUCUACUUUCAUGAGAGAUCAGUUUUUACUCACACAGUCAAAACAUGUCAGAAUCACCAUCUUGCAGAGUGCAGAAGUUGGCAGAAAACUGUUGCUCUCUUGCUAUACUGGAGCACUUGAAGUUAAAAGGAAAGAGCUUUUGAAAUACUUGACUGCUGCUAGUUACCUGCAGAUGGUUCACAUUGUGGAAAAGUGCACAGAAGCUUUGUCAAAGUAUCUGGAAAUUGAUCUUUCAAUGAAAAAUAACAAUCAACAUACUGACCUGUGUCAAUCCUCUGAUCCAGAUGUUAAGAAUGAAGAAGAAAAUUCAGAUAAAGACUGUGAGAUAAUUGAAAUUUCAGAAGAUAGUCCUAUAAAUAUAGAUUUUCACGUAAAAGAAGAGGAAAGCAAUGUUUUACAGUCUACAGUAGAGUUGACAUCAGAGAGAAAGGAAAUGAAGUCACCAGAGCUGUCUUCAGUAGAUAUUGGUUUUAAAGAUAAUGAAAUUUGUAUCCUCCAUGUGGAAUCUAUUAGUACUGCUGGUGUAGAAAAUGGGCAGUUUUCACAGCCUUGUACCUCUUCAAAAGCAAGCAUGUAUUUCUCUGAAACACAGCAUUCACUGAUCAAUUCUACGGUUGAGAGCAGAGUGGCAGAAGUUCCUGGGAACCAAGAUCAGAGCUUAUUUUGUGAGAAUACUGAAGGAAACCAGGGUACAGUGAAUGAGAUUCAGAAUCUGGAGGAUGCUUAUUCACUGAGGCACCAGUGCCCCAGGUGUCCUCGAGGAUUUCUUCAUGUUGAAAACUACCUGCGCCAUCUUAAGAUGCAUAAGCUGUUCUUGUGCUUACAGUGCGGGAAAACAUUUACGCAAAAGAAAAAUCUCAACCGGCAUAUUCGAGGGCACAUGGGCAUACGGCCCUUUCAGUGUACUGUGUGCUUGAAGACAUUUACUGCUAAAAGCACACUUCAGGACCACUUGAACAUACACAGUGGAGAUCGCCCAUACAAAUGCCACUGUUGUGACAUGGAUUUCAAGCACAAAUCUGCCCUCAAAAAGCACUUAACCUCUGUCCAUGGCAGAAGCAGUAGUGAAAAACUACCCAGGCAUGAUCUCAAAAGGCAAAAUCUACUAUAAUUAGAACCACACCUUGCUACGUAAGCCUUAUAUAAUUCUGUUAGGCAAGUUUUUCUACAGAAAUGCAGCAUCUGUUAUAUUGCAUCCCCCCCCCCCCAAUCUUUGGGUCUUAAUUUUGGUCUGCCUACACAUGUUAUUCUUUCUGAACUUCUACUAACAGUUCUAAAGUGUGGGAGACAUGAUAAAGCUAAUGGGAUGCUGUCUUAUCUCAUAUAGUAUAUGUAAGUCCCAGUGGUAUAUCUAGAGAAAUAAUAUUCCUCUCUUAAAUAUUCUUGACUCUAGUGACAGAGGAUCCAGCAGUAUUUCUAGAUUCUGAUUUUGACUCUCUAGAUAAAUAAUGUACGUGUAAAAUCCCAACCACAUAAUAAUUUUAAUGAAUUAGGAUAACAGGAAGAGAAAAUAGACUUAAAAACAUGCUGUAAUCCAUUAUUAAUUCUUUGUAGGACUAGUGAAUUUGUUUUUUUUUUUAAACAAACUGCGGUUGGAUUCUAAAGCUAAGCACCAAGGUACUUGUUUUAAACUGUAAGGGAACACAUUUCAACUUCACUUGGGAGUAGUAGAAUUUCCUUCUACAUGGGCUAAUAUUCCUUAAAAUAAUGGUUCCAUGAUUUUUUAGUAUACAUAUUUUAGAAAUGAUUAAUCAAGCCCAAGUUUCUUGAUUUUAUUUCAUGAAGUUGUAUUUAAUAAUUUUUUGACCAGUGAAAUUAUCACCACUGGCAUGAAGCUCUGAAAAUUUUCUUUUAGAAAUAUCAACUUUACCAAAGAUACUCUACUGUUUCCUUUUUAAAAUUUAUUUCAUUUUUAUUUUUUAGUUAACAUAUACUAAAACUGACCUUUGUUUUUGGUCUACAUUUCCAUGAAUUUUAACACAUGUAGAUUUGUUCAACCGCCACAGCAGUCAGGAUACAGAACAUUGCAUCAUCCCUAAAAACACCCUUAUGAUGCUCCUUUAUAAUCAGCUCCUCCACCUAUCUUUAAAUCCUGGCGACAGUUGCUAUUGCUAUAAUUUUGCCUUUUUUGGAAUGACAUGAGUGGAAUCUUGUAGUAUGUUCCCUUGUGAGAUGAUUUUUUUUACCACACAGAAUGCCAUUGGAUUCAUCCAUGUUGUGUGUAUCCAUAGUUCAUUUCCUUUUUUACUUUGAAUUGGCAAUAUAUACUAUCUUGCUGCCACUAGAUGAACAGUUUAAAUAUGGUUGGCUAUUAGUGUUCUCUUAAUUAUUAACUUUUUUCAUUUACAUUAAUGCAAUUUUCAUUUACCACAUGUUGACAAAAACCCUAACCAUCCCUAGAGUUUUAUUCUGUAUUUCCAGAAAUGUGCCAAAAGCAAAACCAUGACUAUAUGGUUAUUUUAGUGAGAGUAAUAUUUCUGAUUGUGUUAUGAGCCAUUGCUCUCUAUCCCUGUGUACAAAUAACACAAAACUUUUGUUGUCAAAACAAAGAUUAAAAUCUAUUGCAGGGCAAAUCAUACUCUCUAAAAUGCAGGAACUACUCUUAAAGAAGGCUGACUAGAUGCAUCUUACUUUCAAGUUGUUCUAUUCCUCCUCUUACUCACCUCAGCUUUAUGUAGAAUUUCUGUUAUACUUAGGUUCUGAAGCCCUUCGACAUUUUAAAAUGUAAUGUACUUUGUACCAUUUAUAAGAAUUUUGUGAUUGAUCACACGUUGAUAGUUAUAAAUGUUAAAUAUCCUUUUUGUGAUACUUUUGUGAAAAACAUAUUCUCCAUAGAAUUUUAACUCUGGGAGACACUUUAAGGAAUCCACCUCUCAUCUUUGAUAAGAAAACCAACUUCGUAACCCCCUCCCUCCCCAUGUCACUUGUUAGUGACAUUGGACAGGUCACCUCUCUAUCAAUUUUUCUUAAAUUUAUGUGUGAAACAGUAACUUUGAACUUGGUAAUUUGUAAGAUCAUUUCCAGGUCCAAAGUUCUAUGAUUUUAUACUUAAAUCUCCCUAAGUUUCUAAGAACAGAGAAGAGGGGAAAGCAAGAGAGGAGAGUUUUGUGUCUUUAUGAAUGUUGCUAUUUGAGUACUACUUUGGAGACAGAAUUUUUCUAAAGUAAAUAGUGUUUUUCUUCCACUGGAGAACAUGAUAGUUCAGCAUUUAAUUUUCUUUCCCAUUUGACCUAUGAUUGGCCACUUCUAGGUAUGAAAACAUUUCCCUUUCAGAAAUAGUUUGUGCUUGAAGUACUUUUCUUUUCUUUUUUUUAAAGAUUUUAGUUAUUUAUUUGACAGAGAGAGAGAUAGCGAGAGCAGGAACACAAGCAGGUGGAGUGGGAGAGGGAGAGGCAUGCUUCCCGCCGAGCGGGGAGCCCAAUGCGGGGCUUGAUCCCAGGACCCUGGGAUCAUGACCUGAGCUGAAGGCAGUCGCUUACAGACUGAGCCACCCAGGCGCCCCUGAAGUACUUUUCUUAUUUUUGUUUCCUAGGAUGAAAUUUUGUGGGGAAGGGAUGGAGAUGGGAGGGAAGGGUAAAAGAAUAGUAAUAAACUUUUUUUAGGCAUUGGUAUCUACUGUCCUUGAUGUUUGAAAAAAAUUAUGGUUGAACUAUGUUUAAGUUUUAUGUGUGCCUUGUAAGAUUCUUGUGACAUUUUUUGUAAGCACUUUGAGAUAUUUGCUUGGGGGGGAACGGUUGUUUUGUGCAAGUGAUGGUUGUUAUUUAUUUUUAUUUAUUCCUGUCCAGUAGCACAGAGUGAUCUCAGAACAUUCCUAGGACAGUUUCUGUUUGCAUGAUGUAUAUAAAAAGUUCCGGGAAAAUGGAAUCUUUUUAAAAAUGCAGGUAUGGCAAAGUAAAGUGUUGAAUUUAUUCAUUUAAAAUAUUCACUUUUAGUUGUUUGUGUUUCUGAUAUGAUGGGGAAAAAUGCAACAUGUUUGAGUUCAGCCUCUUCAUUUACUGCAUUUAUGUAUAAAGGAUCUUGGAAAGGUAGUUGUUACUUUGGUAUAAGAGAAAACCCGUGCUGUUUUUCCUUGGAUGUAACUAUUCUAUAUCUUUACAUAAAAAAUAAAUAAAUAAACUGGAGAUGGGAAUGGAGAA